AUGGCCGACGCCGCGCCUGUUGACGAGGCUGUACGCCCUCAGCGCUCUAUCACCAGCUUCCUUGGUGCACGCUAUGCAGCCCCGGUUACUGACAGCGUUAUCCUAGCCGAGUAUAUUAAAACAGCUCCUCUCGCAGCUGGCCAGGCAAACGAGUGUCUACGGUCAUCCUACGGCCCUCCUGCUCCGGAAGCAUUUGAUGAUGCGGAGCACGCCGCGUCGCUUGGUGCAUCGCGAGUAUCACCAGCCUUACUUGCUGAGCAGGCGGCGGAGCGAUUAAGGGUCUCACAAUGCGAGGAAGCAGAUGCUAUGGCUGCUGACGGUGACGACGACGCGUUGGCCGAGCAGGAACUACGUGAGGUUGAAGAGGAGGCUAUAUUGGAGGGUCCUGCACCACCUAUUAAGGUUGUAGAUGCAGAUGAGGAUAAUAUGGUGGUUAGCGAUGGCUCGGGGAUUGCAAUUUAG